GAUGACUCAGCUGAGCGGAGAGGAUUAGAGAUUAUCCGAGCGAAUAUAACCGCCCGACCGCCAAAAACCCCACAGAGGUAGAAAAAAAACUCAUUCUCACGAUAAGGCCGGAGCGCAUCUUCUCAGACUAUCCUCAAUCCAUACCGAACGACUCAGUUCAAAAGCGUAACGAUGGCCCCUAAGAGCAAGAAGAACGCCGACUCCAUCAACAGCCGUCUGGCUUUGGUGAUGAAGUCUGGAAAGGUCACCCUUGGUUACAAGUCGACCAUCAAGACCCUUCGUUCCGGCAAGGCCAAGCUGGUCAUCAUUGCUGCCAACACUCCUCCUCUCCGCAAGAGUGAGCUCGAGUACUACGCCAUGCUCGCCAAGGCCCCUGUUCACCACUUCUCUGGUAACAACAUCGAGCUUGGUACUGCUUGCGGUAAGCUCUUCCGCACCAGCACCAUGACUGUUCUCGAUGCCGGUGACUCCGACAUCCUGAGCAGCCAGUAAGUGUAAAGCACAGGCAAUGUCUUCUGUUAUGUCUAGACGAUACAAGGCCUUGAAAAGCAAUGAUGAGGCACGUGAUAGAUAAUGACAAAGAAACCUUUACACUGAUUCUUUUCUUCUAUGAUCUGGUACAUUCUCGUAUAGGCUUAUUCAAACACGUAAUGGGGUGUAUGACGCAUCGUAAAUUAUAAAUCAUUAAUGUAUUCCCCUACAGAGAGAAUUUAUCUACUUUUUAUCAAGAUAGAAGUUUAAAACUGACAAUACGAGUCGAAAUGUCGCCGACGUCUGACAAAUGCGGUCUGGUCCUCCGCCGCU